AUGAGACGUAUAACUCAGUUGUAUCGCGUGCCGGACAGCGAGAAACGCUCCCAUCUCGCAAUGCUCCGAGAUGUUGCCCACUUUAUGCCAAGGCAAAUCAGCCCAUUCGAAGACUUCAGCUCACUGUUUGUUACAGGCAUGAACAUCUGGCAGCUCGCCCCCCAAUCCGAGCUGGAAAUCAUCAACGCAAUCAAAGCUAUGCGAAAAUUGAAGCUCAAUGUCGCGCGCUACUAUUUCUGGGUGUUCGAGGAGUUGUUGAACGAGCACAUAAUAUUCUCCAGCUACGUUGAGAGGCUCAAAAACCGCCCCAAAGACAUCAUCUUAAUGGGGAGAUUUCUCGCUUUCCACGCGCGAGCCGCGCGCGCGACAGAUAUUCGAACGCUUAAGGUCGAACUGCCGAAAUUUCUUGAAACUGUCGAGCUGCCUGCGCAUAAAAUCCCACCGCUCACGCCAGCAGAGUAUUCCAAUAAGGAGUGCAAUUGUGGCUUCUAUUCAACUUGUACUGCCCGCCUGCUUGUCAACAUCAAUGAGCGAGACGAGUUUGAUCGUGCUCCCGAUCUAUAUCGCAACCGAAGAAUUGCCAAGACACCCGCAGUAAAGAAUCAGCGUUUGCGAGACGACCCUGCCACAGAUGAAAAUUCAACAUUCCCUUCUUUUUUGUUCCCCGACGACCUUCAGUACCGACUUGAAGACCCCGCGCGUGGUAUAUUCAAGUCGAGAAUCAUGCUCAAGUGUGUACGUACACUCCUCAUGGGCGCCACUGCCGCGGAUCGCCCGGCCGGGAGCCGUGGUACCGAUCGUUCAUCACUGGCCAAAAAAUACCAUGUGCACUGUGUGUCCGCUGCUAUCCUAGCCUAUGUGGCUAUCCUGGUACGGUUUCUUUUGGACAGCAAGCCGGAAUGGGAUGGUGACAAUCCCAACGGCUCUGGCAAGACGCUCCAUGGCGAUCUCCUCGAAUUCCUAGGCGUCCAAUCUGGAUUUUUGGGAACGCAUAUGGAGACGACAAGCUGCGACUCAAGCGCCUCGAGCAAAAGAAGACCUCACUUUACGUACGACGACAACGACAACACAAACCUCAACUCUGGUCCUGACCGCGAGCCGAACGUCCGGGAGCGGGCACUCGCUAUGCGCCGAGCGCAACUAUUGGAGAAGUUUGAGGCCACACUCGAGCUGGGCGACGACAAGGAACGUGCAAUGUCCGAAGGGGUCUCUUACAUUGGCGACGAUACUGGGCCAGGUUCGCAUGCAAGCCCUCUGGAGGUGUCUGGCACCUUGUGUACGGCUAUGGCAGGCUCGGCUUUCGACGCUACAGGCUCGAGUUCAGACGCGCAGGUCUCAGGUUCGGAUGGAACGUCCGCAUAA